UGAUAAUUACUAUAUUUAGUUGCAAUACGGUUAUUUCCCUUUUAUGAAGUUACACCAUUUUCCGUAAACUUUUGUAACAAAUGAAAUCUGGUUCACAUCAUUGAAAUACGAACGAAUAAACGUGCUACGGAAUAUUGGAAAUGAAAGAUUUUAUGUGUGUAGAAUCAUGAGUGGCGGCAUUGCACCCAGCAAAAGUACAAUCUAUGUGUCAAAUUUUCCAUUCUCACUUACCAACAACGAUCUUCACAAGAUUUUUGAGAAAUAUGGAAAAGUUGUAAAGGUGACAAUAGUGAAAGACAGAGUAACAAGGAAGAGUAAAGGUGUAGCAUUUGUACUUUUUCUCCAGAGAGACGCGGCAUAUCAGGCUGUGAGAGCACUCAACAAAACACAGUUGUUUGGAAGAACAAUCAAGUGUACAAUAGCUAAAGACAAUGGGCGAGCAACAGAAUUUAUACGUAAGAAGAAUUACCCAGACAAAUCCAAGUGUUAUGAAUGUGGAGAAGAAGGGCAUUUGAGCUAUAAGUGUCCUCAUAACAUCCUGGGUGAAAGAGAACCUCCGCCGAAGAAAACAAAGAAGGAAAAGAAACGAGAAAGGGAGGAAAAAAUUGACUUUUAUAACCUAUCAGAAUCUGAUUCUGAUGAGCAAGGUGAAGAUCCAAAAGCUGACAGUUUGGCAGCAGCUAUACAGUAUCAGCAACAGAAGCUUUCAGAAGAAUCAGCAACCACGAGUUAUGCUGCUGCCACUAACUAUUUAUCUUUGGAAGAUUUCAGUGAGCCAAAGAGAAAACGUUACAAGAAGGACGCUUACUUUAGUGAUGAGGAGGAAAUUGAUGAUGACACUUGAUGUUUAUUCCUCUAUUUUGUGGUUAUUUGUGUUUGUGUGUACCGUACUUUCAAAGGAACAUAGCAAUACCAUUAUUUCAUUGGUCAGUCAAAUAUGUUAAAGGCCGUUCUGACAUACCUUGAAAGUAUUUUAUUUUAGUUUAUUUAUAGUCGUGACUGGAUCCCAGUAUGGGCAACUCCUCCAAGAGAAAGCAUGUCAUUUUAGGUUUUCUAGGACCACAGUGCAAGAUACAAAAGUUUCUUUUGUGUGCACAGUAUAAAGUGCUCUGCAUAGAUCUUCUGUUUAAAGUCAUUCCAGAAAGAUGCUAUUAAUUUUAGGCAGAGAAGUGGGAGAUUGAACCCAUUAUCUGCUGUUUUGCAGCUGGGUAUCUUACCGCUGAACCACCGGGCUCACAGUUUAUCUGUAAUAAAUGCUGAGUUAACCAAUUGAUACAGUUCUUUGUAUAAUAAAGCUUUAAGGUAAUAACUGUGUAAUGACAAUUUGAAUUUCCAUUCAGUAUCAGAGCUAAAGACAGAAAAAUCUUACUUAUGUGCUUGUGUAGUGUACGAGGUGUAAAGCACCUGUACAUGUGACUCUUAUCCAGAUGUUUUUAUAUUUGUUAGUUGGAGGAUUUUCAUUAAACAAAGCUUUCGUUUA